UAAUACGAUUUCUUAGCUGUUUGGCCGGCCCAUUAUUUUGGGACGUUUCGUAUAAAAGCAACAUGAUAUUUCUGUAUCACCAUCAUUCGAAUUUUGUUUACCUCACAAAACACACAAUACAAUCAACUCUUCAAAUGGCCUUUAAGUUUGUUUUUGCUUUAGCUCUAAUUGCUGCUGCCAGCGCUGGACUACUCCCAGCUGGUCAGGUGUAUCAUGCAGCUCCAGCAUUGGCCGUAUCCCAUCCGGUACUGACUAAAGAUGCCGAACAAUACGAUCCCCAUCCGCAAUAUAAAUUCUCUUACGAUAUUAAUGACAGUCUCACUGGAGAUGUAAAGAGUCAAGUUGAAGCCCGUGAUGGUGAUAUUGUCCAAGGUGAAUACUCUCUCAAUGAUGCUGAUGGCUUUAAGAGGACUGUUCAGUAUAGUUCUGAUCCAGUUCAUGGGUUUAAUGCUGUUGUUAAUCGUGAACCACUAGGUGCGUCUGUUAAAGCUGUUGCAGCUCCAUCUCCAGUUGUUGCUUACGCUGCUCCUGCUCCCGCUUUGAUCAAAUCUUCACCAAUAACAUACGCAGCUGCACCUGUUCUUUCAUAUCAUCACUAAAUCAAAACACGUUAGCAGACGGGAACUAAUGAACCAAAAAAUUAUGGCUACAACAUUGCUUUCUGUAGGUAUACAUAGAUACUUAAGGAAAAAAUAAAAUAAAAACAAAAAAAAUCACAA